AAUGGAUUAUUUGUUGAUCCGGUCGUUGAUGUUCCAGUCUGUAAUGAUGGUAUCGAUAUUACUGUCGCUGCUGAUAAGGAUGUUGUUUCUAUUGUCAGUGAUGAUGUUGAUGUCACUGAUACCAGUGGUGAUAUCCCUGUCACUGUUGUCAUUGUUGGUGGUGAUGCUACUGACGUUACUGUCACUGCUGGUGGUGAUGCUACCGACGUUACUGUCACUGCUGGUGGUGAUGCCACUGAUACAUAUGUCGGGGCUGGCGGUGAUGAUACUUUACUACAAUAG